UCUACUCUGAUACCUCGUCUGUGCCACAAGGCUUAAGUAUGGUUUGUGCGAUGAUAUUCGUGGUUGAUAUGUCUUAUUAUUUAGGUUAGCUGUCUAAUCGAAAAACUUAGCAUUCAGCGAAUUUUAUCGGUGACAUCAAGAAAUGACGUCUUUCGUGGAAUAUUUUCAAUCGUUGUCAUGCAUAUGGUUCGAAAUAGGCGAUAAACGCAAUAUACUUGCGUCUAUGCUGGCCGGAACAUUGUUCUUUGUAGGAUGGUGGUUUAUCAUUGAUGCGCAUGCUAAAUAUCCAAAUGAAAUAUCAAGCGCGUAUCAUCUUUGCGGAGUGUUCGGAACCCUUUCUCUUUUCAUGGUCAAUUCUGUGACGAAUGCGCAGAUAAGAGGGGAAGGAUUCAAUGAAGGAUUUUUAGGAAACACAGGUGCAAGAGGUUGGGUGUUUGUUGGAUUUGUAAUGGGAUUCGCUGCAGUAAUUGCAGCCUGCUGGAUUUUGUUCGCAGAUUUUGUUGCUGCAGAUGCUAAACAUCACUGGCCUGGCGUAGGCUUGUUCUUACAGAAUGUAUUUAUCUUCCUGGGAUCUCUGGCAUAUAAAUUUGGAAGAGUCGAAGAAGUAUAAAGAUACUCAAUAUUUGUGCAUUGCAAAUAUUUCUACCUUUUGCACAGAACCCUCCUGGUUUUAACAGACUUUUCCCGAAGGUACUUAAAACUAUGGAGAAAAUAAUUAUAAACACUACAUUGUAAAUGUCCUCUGUUUUAAUUUAUACAGGGUGUCCCAGUAUUUACGGCGCGACCCGAAAGAGUGUGAUUUUAUGCGAUAAACUAAGCCAAAUAUAUACAAUAAAAUAUGUUCAUACAAGACCUUACUUUCGAGGAAAUAUCUGUUCAACAGCACGUAUGCUUCCGAGACCAUUUCAAUUCGAUUUUCUCGAGAAUAAAGCCUUAUAUGAAAACAUUUUAUUUUAUAUUUUCGAUUUACUCUUUCCCUGAGAAUCGCCCGCUUCCCGUUUGUAUUAGGGAUACUGCGACACCGUGUAUAUUACUUAUAGAAAAGUAGUUAUUGAGAUGCUUACUUAUAUUAUCUAUAAAGAAUAAUUUAACAUCUAACUAAUCACAAUUUAUAAUAAAACGCAAACGUUGUCAUGUCCACAUGAAAGUAGAUCACAAAAUAAUGGGCAAAAGAAUUCAUGGGUCAUGUGAUCAUUUUUCGUUAAUACAAAACCGCAUGUAUGUAUAAUCGAUCAAAAGCUUACAUUUUAAGUGAACAUACACGCGCGAUGUUUUUAAAACAAUUACUGUUAAAACAUACAAUAAAUUUUGCAUUUAUUUGUACGAUCGUUGUGAGUGAAAACAAUUGUACUCCAAUUUUUUAAAUAAAUUUUGGUUUCCUUUA